UCUAUGUUCUAAGAUGUGUUCCAUCCUGUUGUCAUCUUUUGUUGUCUUCUUGCUCUUCAUCUUAUCAAUCAAUCCACGCUUCGCGGCCGGAGCCCACUCCCACCAACUAAACCGUGAUGCAUUUCCCGAGGGCUUCGUCUUCGGCACUGCAGCCUCCGCCUACCAAGUCGAAGGCAUGGCGCUCAAGGGCGGUAGGGGACCGAGCAUAUGGGAUGCAUUCGUUAGGGUUCCGGGUAUGAUUCCCAACAAUGCCACUGCUGAUGUAUCAGUUGAUGAAUACCAUCACUACAAGGAAGAUGUGGACAUCAUGAAGAAGUUCAACUUUGAUGCAUAUCGGUUCUCCAUCUCUUGGAGCAGGAUUUUUCCAAAUGGAACCGGAGAGAUUAAUUGGCAAGGCGUAGACUAUUAUGACCGGCUAAUCGACUACUUGAUACUGCAAGGCAUUACUCCCUAUGCAAAUCUCUAUCACUACGAUCUUCCAUUGGCACUUCAAAAAGAGUAUCUGGGUUGGCUGAGCCCCAAGAUAGUGGAUGCAUUUACCAACUAUGCAGACUUCUGCUUUGAGAGGUAUGGAGAUAGAGUCAAGAACUGGUUCACAUUCAAUGAGCCCAGGGUGGUGUCAGCUCUCGGUUAUGACAGUGGCUUUCAUGCCCCUGGAAGAUGUACCAACUGCAAAUUUGGUGGAAACUCAGCCACAGAGCCUUACAUCGUCACUCAUAAUCUCAUCUUAUCACAUGCAGCUGCAGUGAAGAGAUAUCGCGAAAAGUAUCAGGUAGAUCAGAAAGGCAAAAUUGGCAUUCUUCUGGAUUUCGUUUGGUACGAGCCUUAUACACACUCAGCAAAUGACGAAGCUGCGGCCCAGAGAGCUAGGGAUUUCCACCUUGGAUGGUUUCUUCACCCUCUAACAUAUGGAUACUAUCCAAAAUCAAUUCGAGAAAUUGUCAAGGACAGGCUUCCUAAAUUCACCGCUGAUCAAGUGAAGAUGGUGAAAGGUUCAUAUGAUUAUGUUGGUGUCAACCAAUACACGUCUUACUACAUGAAAGAUAAUGGAGUCACCAAUCCCAAACCUGUCAGCUACCAAGACGACUGGCACGUCGAAUUCAAAUUUGACCGAGAUGGUGUCCCGAUUGGUCCACAGGCCUACUCCGGCUGGCUCUACAUAGUUCCAUGGGGAAUGUACAAUGCUGUGACCUACGUGAAGGUAAAUUAUGGUGAUCCAAUCAUCAUCCUCGCAGAAAAUGGUAUGAAACAUUCUAUGUUCUCCUCUCUUCGUUGUUAUCAGAUCAUAGGAAUGGAUCAGCCAGGCAAUGUCACUCUACCAGAAGGUUUGCGCGACACAAAGAGGAUCAACUUCUACAAGAGCUACAUCACUGAGCUGAAGAGGGCGAUGGAUGAUGGUGCGACGGUGAUCGGAUAUUUUGCAUGGUCUCUCCUCGAUAACUUCGAGUGGAGGUUGGGUUACACUUCGAGGUUUGGUCUGGUUUACGUGGACUUUAAGACAAACAUGCGAUACCCAAAGGAAUCAGCCUACUGGUUCAAGAACAUGCUGAAGAGGGAGAAGAAUAAUUGA